UAGAGAGGGCCGUGGUUUUCGGCUUUUGGCGGGGCCUUUGUCUCCGGCUCCCGCCAGAGUUUGGGAUCGGUCUCUACUUUUCCGCGUCCUCCGCCUCGGGAACCCCCGGUGACUUUGUCGCAGCCUCCGUUAUCCUGUGAUCUGCAGGUCCUGGGAGACGCACAGCUAAGAUGCCCGGACAUCCUGGAGGCUGGGAAAUGACCCAACAUACAGGAGGUGUUGACCCUCAUACCUGGAAGCUGGACAUGUGUGGAAUUUCUAAUCUCAUUCCUGGACUUUCCUGCAGUUUUUCCUCCAGGGAAGAUUGUGAAAUAUUGGUGAACCGAGCACCAAAGUGAUGUUACUCUAUUUUUUUCUUGGCCCUGCUCACAUAAGACAUUGUGACAUGUUGCUGGGUUUUACACCCAAGUGAGGUGAUGUGACUCUUCUUCAGCCUGUGCCCUGCCAAAAGAGGAUUGUGAUGUAUCAUUGGACCCAGCAUCUAGAUGAUGUAACUCUCAUCUUUUGCCUGGACCUUGCAUAUUUUGGGUGUGAUUGUGACACAUACCUCUGCUCAGAAUGCAAGCAGUAUGACUCUUCUACCUGGGCCCAGCACACACAUGGGAUUGUGACAUAUUGCUGGACCCAGCAUGUAGAUGACGCGACCCUAUGCCCUUGCCUUGGUGCUGCCACAGAGGGCAUUGUGACAUAUCACUGGUCCAUACACCCAGAAAGACUGUGUCGCAUCUCUGGGUUCAGCAACCAGGUGCUGUGUUUCUUAUGCCCAGGCCUUGCCUGCAGAGAGAAUUGUGAUGAAGGGGCCAAGCCUCUGUGGCCCUGUGACCUGCAGGUAUUGGGGGAUCCACAGCUAAAGACGCCAGGACCCCCCGGAAGUCUAGAAAUGGGACCAUUGACAUUUAUGGAUGUGGCCAUAGAAUUUUGUCUGGAGGAGUGGCAAUGCCUGGACACUGCACAGCAGAAUUUAUAUAGGAAUGUGAUGUUAGAGAACUACAGAAACCUGGUCUUCCUGGGUAUUGCUGUCUCUAAACCAGACCUGAUCACCUGUCUGGAGCAAGAAAAAGAGCCUUGGGAGCCUAUGAGGAGACAUGAAGUGGUAGCCAAACCCUCAGUUAUGUGUUCUCAUGUUGCCCAAGACUUUUGGCCAGAGCAGCAUAUAAAAGAUCCUUUCCAAAAAGUGACACUGAGAAGAUAUAAAAACUGUGGACAUAAAAAUGUACAUUUAAAAAAAAACUGUAAAAGUGUGGAUGAGUGUAAGGUGCACAGAGGAGGUUAUAAUGGAUUUAACCAAUGUUUGCCAGCUACCCAGAGCAACAUCUUUCUAUUUGACAAAUGUGUGAAAACCUUUCAUGAAUUUUCAAAUUCAAACAGACAUAAGAUAAGCCAUACUGGAAAAAAACUUUUCAAAUGCAAAGAAUGUGACAAAUCAUUUUGCAUGCUUUCACAGCUAACUCAACAUAAAAUAAUUCAUACCAGAGUGAAUUUCUGCAAAUGUGAAAAAUAUGGAAAAGCUUUUAAUUGGCCUUCAAUGAUCACUAAACGUAAGAGAAUUAAUACUGGAGAGAAACCCUAUACAUGUGAAGAAUGUGGCAAAGUCUUUAACUGGUCCUCACACCUUACUACACAUAAAAAAAUUUAUACUAGAUACAAACUCUACAAAUGUGAAGAAUGUGGCAAAGCUUUUAACAAGUCCUCAAUCCUUACUACUCAUAAGAUAAUUCGCACUGGAAAGAAGUUCUACAAAUGUAAAGAAUGUGCCAAAGCUUUUAACCAAUCCUCAAACCUUAGUGAACAUAAGAAAAUUCAUCCUAGGGAGAGACCUUACAAAUGUGAAGAGUGUGGGAAAGCCUUUAACUGGCCCUCAACUCUUACUAAACAUAAGAGAAUUCAUACUGGAGAGAAACCCUACACAUGUGAAGAAUGUGGCAAAGCCUUUAACCAGUUCUCAAACCUUACUACACAUAAGAGAAUCCAUACUGCAGAGAAAUUCUACAAAUGUACAGAAUGUGGUGAAGCUUUUAGCCGCUCCUCAAAUCUUACUAAACAUAAGAAAAUUCAUACUGAAAAGAAACCCUACAAAUGUGAAGAAUGUGGCAAAGCUUUUAAGUGGUCCUCAAAGCUUACUGAACAUAAGUUAACUCAUACAGGAGAGAAACCCUACAAAUGUGAAGAAUGUGGGAAAGCCUUUAACUGGCCCUCAACCCUUACUAAACAUAACAGAAUUCAUACUGGAGAGAAACCCUACAAAUGUGAAGUAUGUGGCAAAGCCUUUAACCAGUUCUCAAACCUUACUACACAUAAGAGAAUUCAUACUGCAGAGAAACCCUACAAAUGUGAAGAAUGUGGCAAAGCUUUUAGCCGGUCCUCAAACCUUACUAAACAUAGGAAAAUUCACAUUGAAAAGAAACACUACAAAUGUGAAGAAUGUGGCAAAGCUUUUAAGUGGUCCUCAAAGCUUACUGAACAUAAGAUAACUCAUAGUGGAGAGAAACCCUACAAAUGUGAAGAAUGUGGCAAAGCUUUUAACCAUUUCUCAAUCCUUACCAAACAUAAGAGGAUUCAUACUGGAGAGAAACCCUACAAGUGUGAAGAAUGUGGCAAAGCUUUUACCCAAUCCUCAAACCUUACUACACAUAAGAAAAUUCAUACUGGAGAGAAAUUCUAUAAAUGCGAAGAAUGUGGCAAAGCUUUUACCCAAUCUUCAAACCUUACUACACAUAAAAAAAUUCAUACUGGAGGAAAACCAUACAAAUGUGAAGAAUGUGGUAAAGCUUUUAACCAGUUCUCAACUCUUACUAAACAUAAGAUAAUUCACACUGAGGAGAAACCCUACAAAUGUGAAAAAUGUGGCAAAGCCUUUAAGUGGUCUUCAACCCUUACUAAACAUAAGAUAAUUCAUACUGGAGAGAAACCCUACAAAUGUGAAGAAUGUGGCAAAGCUUUUAAACUGUCCUCAACCCUUUCUACACAUAAGAUUAUUCAUACUGGAGAGAAACCCUACAAAUGUGAAAAGUGUGGCAAAGCUUUUAACCGAUCCUCAAACCUUAUUGAACAUAAGAAAAUUCAUACUGGAAAGCAACCCUACAAAUGUGAAGAAUGUGGCAAAGCAUUUAACUAUUCCUCACACCUUAAUACACACAAGAGAAUUCAUACUAAAGAACAACCCUACAAAUGUAAAGAAUGUGGCAAAGCUUUCAACCAAUAUUCAAACCUUACUACACAUAACAAAAUGCAUACUGGAGAGAAACUGUACAAACCUGAAGAUGUGACAGUGAUUUUGACAACACCUCAAACUUUAAAACAUAAAAUUAAUUAUACUGGUGAGAAAUUCUAGAAAUGUAAAGAAUGUGACAAAGCCUUUACAUGGUUAUCACACUUGAUUGUAGGUAAGAUAAUUUAUAUUGGAGUAAACUUCUACAAGUAUGAAGAAUGUGGCAGAACUUUUAAUUAAUGCUCAUACCUUAUUGCACAGGAAAUAAUUUUUACUUGGGAAAAGGUGUAUACACAAUGAAUGUGGAAAAGCCAUUAAUAUCUGCUCAUAUCUUACACAACAUCAGAGAGUCGGUACUUAAUAAAACCAUUAUAGAUGCAACUAGUGUCAAAAGAUCUUUCAGAAAAUAUAAGCCUUUAAAGUGAAGAACAGAAUUCAUUCUGAAGACAAACAUUACAAAUACAAAGAGGGUUGUAGUACCAUUACUUGUAUCACAGAUCUUAUUGUACACAUUUUGUACUAAAGAAAACCCUGAAGCAGUUGCUUAAAUAUCGUUCAACAUCAGAAAAUUUAUAUUGGAAAAAAAACCUGGAAAAUGUAAUAAAUUUGUAAAAACAGUUUUGAAAACCUACAGCUUGUAAAACAUGAGGGUCUAUAAUACUUGGUUGAUAGUACAAAGUUUGUUCAACAUCAGGGAAUUUAUAUUGCAGAGAAACCCUACAAAUGUAAUCAGUUUGGAAAAACGUUUUUUGAAAAACCACAGCAUAGAAAACACCAGAGGGUUCAUACUAAAAUAUAUUUUUGCAGAUGCCAUAAAUAUGAAAAAAAUUAAUCCUAAAUUUAUGUAAAUAUCUGAGAAUUCAUAGUAGAAAUAUCUAAGGCAUGGACACCUCAGACGUUACACUAAAUCAGUGCUAAGUACAGAAAACAACCCAAAAUAAAACUUGGUGGAUAAAUUGUAUAUAACAUUACAAAAGUAGAAAAUUUUCAGAGUUAUAACUACGUUUAAAGUAUACUUUUAUCUUGAGAAAAUUACUGAUUUUUGAAUUAGUGAAUAAUGACAUAAUUAAACUCUCAAAUAACU